AUGGCGUCCAAGGCAUUGCGGCCAGCCGUGCGACCGCGACUCCCGAUUCCCAACACUACGACGUCCCACAUCAGACCCCGAGACCUCAAUUGCAGAUGUACAGCAAAGCGGAGAUGCUACAGCAGCGAAGCCCCCGCCAGUAAACGACGACCGAAAACAGCCCUCUUCUUCCCAGGCCAAGGCGUACAACGAGUCGGCAUGGCCGACCUCUGGGUCUCCGCCUUCCCAGCAACCGCCAAACCUCUCCUCGACGAAAUCGACUCCGUCCUCCAAAUCCCCCUCUCCACCAUCAUCGCCUCCGGCUCCAACGCGGUCCUCACACAGACGGAAAACGCCCAGCCGGCCAUCAUGGCCGUCAGCGUGCUAGUCAUGCGCAUCCUCGAGCGCGAAUUCGGCUUCGCCACGGGCGAGCGCAUCGACGUGGUGCUGGGCCACUCGCUAGGCGAAUUCGCGGCGCUCGUGGCGGGCGGAUACUUGCGCUUCGACGACGCGCUGCGGCUGGUGCGCACGCGCGCCGAGGUCAUGGCGCGCUGCAGCCGCGAGGCCUUUGAGCAGGAAGGCAGCGAGUUUGGCAUGAUUGCGCUGGUGUGCGAGAACCAGGCGCGGAUGGAGGCGCUGCUGGACGGGAUCCAGGAGUUUCUGGGCUUGGCGGGCCCCGGGGCGAAGAGCGAUAGUGCGGACGAUACCCCCGCGGUGCGCCAGGUGAUGGUGGCGAAUAUCAAUAGUAAGAAUCAGAUUGUGCUGAGUGGGAAUGUGGAGCGGAUGCAGACGCUGCUGGCGCAUCUGAGGCAGUUUGGUGGGCAUGAUCCGCGGAGUGUGCGGCUGAAGGCGGAUACGCCGUUUCAUAAUCCGCUUAUGAUGCCGGCGCAGGAGACGAUGAAGCGGGUGCUUGGGCGGAAGAGCGGGUUUAGCGGCGGGGAUAUGGUGGCGUGGCCGGGGCUGAUGCCGUGUAUUUCGAAUGUGACGGGGCGGCCGUUUCGGGACCGGGAGAGUUUGAAGGACUUGCUGUCGCGGAGCUGUGUCGAGACGGUGCAGUGGUGGAGUAGCAUCAAGUAUCUGGACCAGGAGGAGAAGGUUCGGCGCUGGAUCGGGGUUGGGCCGGGCAAGGUGGGCAGGAAUCUGGUGGGCAAGGAGGUGGGCAUGAAGGGCGCGGUCAAGGGCGGGGGCGUCUGGGGUAUUACGGAUCCGAGGGAGAUUGAGAUUUGUCUCAAGGGGUUGGAGGACACGGAGAAUGUGGAGGACGAGGAGGACUGA